AUGUUUGAAAUUAGACUAAACGAUAAUAUCGAAAAACUUUUACUAAAAACUCUACAAAAUAGAAAUACUUUGAUUAAAAUUCACCAAAAGAUAGAAGACUCAGUUACUUAUUUAACCACAGCCAAUAUACAAAAGAUUCUAUCAAAAAAAAGCAUAAAAUGUGGAGCUCUUGCCGAGCUUCUUGAAAUAAAUAAUAUUAAAGAAACUCCAUUAAUCCCACAGAAUAAUGGUAUUGAUAUGUCUGCUAUUUUUACCCCAAAACAACCAUUAGAAUGGAAGUUCAAAGAAACCCCUAAACCAGGAAGUAAUUAUAGUCCAGAAUUUAAAGCUCAAUUAGAAACACUAAGAGCAAGACAACAAGAAGUAGAAUAUCAGAAUAUGGUUACUGGUGGAUUUAUUGGUGACAAUAAUGAUAAUAGUAGUGGCGGUAAUAGAACAAUUACAAAUAGAUUCAAAAAAGGUAUUUAUGCAGACAAGUCGAUAAAUUAUAAUGACAUUGACGAUGAAGAAUUGAGUUUGGUUGAGAUUAACAGACAAAUAAAAGAACAAUUAACUACUGUAUUUAAUAUAAUUAUUUCUGUAAUAUCUGUUGUGUGGGCGGUAUGGUAUUGGGCAGGGAAAUACGUUUCUGUAGAAUACAAAGUAUUGCUUUGCCUAUUUUUUGGUAUUUUGGUUUUAGUUGCCGAUAUUGUUGUAUAUAAUAGUUACUUAAGAAAAAUUAAUGAAGCUAAAAAAGUAGAAAGAUCUAAAAAGGAAAAAAAAAGGAUAACCAAAAAAAUAAUCGUUGGAACUAGGAAUACUAACGUGAUUAAUGACAAAUAA